UGCUGAAUCUCUUCAUUCGCUAAAGCGAAGUUUUAAAAUCUGGAUUGAUGUUUUCGUCUCGUCCUCUCUGCCCCGCAUUGGAGCGACAUAACAGGGAGACUCCUACGGGGAGCGUGUUUUAAUGCCUCAGCUUUGAGGAGGGUUGUGAAAAGUGAUGGAGAGUUAUAUUUUCAUCAGGGUCGUGGGGAAAGGCAGCUACGGGGAGGUGGACCUGGUCAAACACAAAACUGACCGAAAACAGGUGUUUUUCUUUGGCUAUUUCUUUCAGUAUGUCAUAAAGAAGCUGAAUUUAACCACCUCUUCCAAGCGGGAGCGGCGUGCUGCAGAGCAGGAGGCUCAGCUUCUGUCCCAGCUGAGACAUCCAAACAUUGUAACUUACAGGGAAUCUUGGGAGGGAAACGACCGUCAGCUGUAUAUCGUGAUGGGUUUCUGUGAAGGGGGUGACCUCUAUCACAGGCUCAAACAACAAAAAGGGGAACUUUUGCAAGAGAAGCAGGUUGUUGAGUGGUUUGUCCAGAUAGCCAUGGCACUCCAGUACCUGCAUGAGAGGAACAUUCUUCACCGGGACCUUAAGACGCAGAAUAUCUUCCUGACAAAAACCAACAUCAUCAAAGUUGGGGACCUUGGCAUUGCACGAGUAUUGGAGAACCAAAACGAUAUGGCCAGUACGCUCAUUGGGACCCCGUACUACAUGAGCCCUGAGCUCUUCUCUAAUAAGCCCUACAAUCAUAAGUCAGAUGUAUGGGCCCUGGGUUGCUGUGUGUAUGAGAUGUCUACAUUGAAGCAUGCCUUUAACGCCAAGGACAUGAACUCCCUGGUUUAUCGCAUUGUGGAGGGAAAGCUGCCACAGAUGCCAAGUCGAUAUGAUACUCAGCUCGGAGAUUUGAUCAAGAGCAUGCUGUGUAAGAGACCUGAAGAUAGGCCUGAUGUCAAAAUUAUCCUCCGCCAACCAUACAUAAAACGACAAAUUGCCAUGUUCCUCGAAGCUACCAAAGAAAAGACUGCUAAGUCAAGAAAAAAAGCUGUGGGUGGCAGCGGUGAUUGCAAGACCAAAAGUGUAUCAUCUGAAGCUUUGUCUCAGCCAAAACCUGAGCGGCCUCCUCCAAGUCCUCAACAAGAACCUCUUGAUCGUGUAAAAUGGACAGAAGAGAAAUCUCAACAACAUAAAAGCUGGACUGGUCUGACAGACUGUGCUCCAGUUGAAACACCACCACCCCCCAAACCACCUUCACCAGAUGUUCUCAAUGCCAGCAUUGUAUCCAUGGCAACUGUCAGCAACAUUGAUGUUGACAUCCCACUGCAGAAGGGUGACAGUGUGAUGCAGAGACAAGAACAGCGACCCCAGUUUGUUAUGUCACACCACGAUUUAACCAAUGAAUCUGAAACUGACAGAGUGCACAAAGACAGUAAGGGAAAAGGGAAACCAGAUCCCUCCCCCCCUCCUUCUCCAGGUAAGCUGCCUCUGAAGGCUGUAUCAGGUGUUGUCACCAGGGGAGGACACGUGAACACACAAUCAAAUGGGUUGUUGGACCUUCAGCAACAGGCACUGCCAAAUCCUGGGGAUACAUUUUAUGUAGAAACAGAGAGAAAUGAGAAACAGAUGCCACAUGUGGAUUGUAAAGAUGAUACUAUGGAGUUACUAAUAGAGGCUGAUAUGCAGAACCAAGAUCGAAAAAACCUCUGUGAGGUCAACAUGAACAACAAAAAUGACAUUGUAAAGCGUUCUUCAGCACAACACCCACACACCUUGGACAUCCAAGACAACCUAGAAGCUACGGAAAAACUGUUGGAGCCUCCAGUGCUGGAUCCUGUGCAAGAGGACUCUUCCUCCUUAGACACUCGGAGAGGUCAAGCUACUCCUUUCCAAAGUGCCUGCUACUUCUCUGAACCGUCCGUAUCACACAGAGGGAAGGUCAUGAGGCAAACACAGGGGGACCAUAACAAGUUCAACGUGGCCCCACCAAGACCUUUACCUCAACCUCCUGCUCAGAGUGUAACUGUGGAGCGGAAAAAGAGGAGCAGCAAGACCACAGAAAGCAAGAAAGCUGGUGUGACUGCAGUUUCCACAUCAAUUAGUUCCUCAAAGGAUGGAUUCUUACCACUGCCACAGGAUCGUCCUCUGUCUGCCAGAGAGAGAAGAAGACUGAGGCAAUCCCAAGAGAGUUCCAACCAUUCAGAGGUUAAUGCUGUACGGAGGGCAUCUUAUGAUGUUGUAUCCACCAAAGCUGAUGCCUGCCACAUCCCCGUAACUCAUUCUGCUUCAUACUGUGUCACAGAGACGCACAGUAAGCUAAUGGAGCCAAGGUCAGAUGAGGAAGAUUGUGCCUCUUCCACAAGUUCCACAGAGCGCUCAGAGGGAGACUGCAGGAGCAUAAGAAAGACUGAAUCAAGUGACAUGCACGAUUUAGUCAACAUGAUGACUCAAACUUUGAGAGGUUUCCCAGACAGUGGACAUGAGGUGGACAAAGGAAGAACUGACUCUAAUCCACAGCCAGAAUUCAAACUGAACAGGCAGUACAGGGACACCCUGGUACUUCAUGGGAAGGCUCGGGAGGACGCUAAGAACUUGUCACUUGGUGAAAUUCCGAAAGAAGGCUUCACAUCUGGCCCAGCCAAAAUGAGACGAGCCAUAGAACACCUAAGAACAGAUGUGGUGAAGGGUCUGGGCAUCAAGCUGUUGGACAAGGUGCUAGAAAUCCUGGAUGAGGAAGAUGAGGCUAAAAGAGAACUGCACCUUCGUGACCAGAUGGGAGAUGACAAGUACCAGGCCUAUGCUGUGAUGGUGAGGCAGCUCAAGUUCUUUGAGGAUAUUGCCUUGAAUGUUUAAAAACUUCUGCAGAAGUGGGAGCACACUCAAAAACUAUUUUUUUUAAAACUUCUUUGUUCACUGAGCCAACAUAUUUUGUAUUACCAGGAUUUUGGUUUUUGCCACAAAAGGUUCAGUUUUCAAGCAGGCUUGUACUGAGGAGAAACCCAGUUAAAAUCGUUUUCCACAAGAAGACCAUUGUGAUUGAAGUUCCGGCUUUCUUCUUCCUGUUCGCAUACAAGUUCUCAUGUAUCAUUGCUGGUUUUGAACAUUGAAUUGUUCCUAUAUGUAAAAACAGGUAAGGGCAAUUAUGUAAAUGACUGUCAAAUAUUUAAAUCUUCUGCAAGUAUGUCAUAUAGAGCUCAGGAUUCCUAUGCAACAGUUUAGUUAUAUUAUAGCUUUUUCCUGCCGUAUUUAUUUCUCCUACAAAAUAAUGUAAAGUAGAUGUAUUAUGGAUAUUAACAUUUGAAUUUUUCC